ACCACCCCGCCCCGUCCUGCGCCCCCCGAGGUGGAGAAUGCCUACUGGGCGGACAUUGAGGAGGAUACCUCCUUGCCCGACGAGGAAGAGAUGAAGGAGAUUGAGUCUGCCGCCGACGGGGACUACAGUGCCUACGAAUAUCCGUACUGGGAGAAGAACUUCCACCCAGAUCUCGACGAUCCCGAGUACCGUCCCGUCGAGAAGGGCCGCAUGACGUGGCGCAUCAAGGGUGUACGUGGCACCAAGGAUGCUCCCAACCGUGCCAAGAUCAUGCGCUCCCCACCCGCCUACAUCGGCGGCUACUGGUGGACCAUCAAAUUCUUCCCGCGUGGUAACAAUGUCGGCUCCCUGAGUAUCUACCUCGAGUGCUCGCCCACCAUGCCAUCCGGCGACAAGACCUUGCCCGAGACCGACUUUGCGGUACGGCGCGGGCCCGCCGGCCAGCCGCUGGGCAAGGACGAGGAGGAAGUGUGCACCGCGCUGCCCCCGGCCGACCCGGCCUGGGUGGAUACCUUCAAGGCCCAGUACCCCGCCGCCGCGAGGUGCGACGGGACGGGCCCCAAGACGUGGCGCGUCUCCGCCCAGAUUGGCGUCAUCCUCUACAACCCGGAUGAGCCGCGCACCGGCUGGAUGCAGUCGUCCUCCCACCAGUUCAACCCCCACAAUCUGGACUGGGGCUGGACCAACUUCCACGGCCCCUGGGACCAGAUCCACCGCCGUCAGCGCGGCCAGCGCCAGGCCCUCCUCCGCAGUGACACCUUGGCCUUCGACGCGUACAUCCGCAUCGUCGACGACCCCACCUGCUCGCUCUGGUGGCACGCCAGCGACUCCGAACCCACCUGGGACAGCCUGGGCCUGACGGGCUACCGGCCGUUGGGCGACUCGGUCAUCAACCACAGCGCCGAGGUCGCCGGCCUGGCCAGCUGGCUGCACCUGGCCCCCUUCGGCCGCAUCAUCCAGCAGGCCAACGUGCUGGAACACCACACUAACGGCGUCGUGAGACCCAAGCCGCUGUGCGACGCCCUGCAGAAGUUCCUGUGGCAGCUGCGCGCCCGGGACCAGUCCCUGCAGUACGUCGACACCGACGCCAUCACCUCGACCCUGCGCAAUUUGCACGAGUACGCCGGGGACGUGUGCGAGUUCUGGGAGUCGCUCCGCCGGACCCUCCAGCUCGAGCUGGCCGGCACCGCCGCCGCCGACGACCUGGCGCGCCUCUUCGACUCCCCCGCACCGGCCGCUAUCUUGCGGGACGCCCCGGAGCCGGCCGGCGGCAUCCACACCCUCCCCCGCGAGGCCAACUCCCGCAUCCGCGUGCCCGCCGACCAGGCCGCAUCGACCCAGGAGGCGUUGCGGGGGUACCUGGGGGCGCAGCCGGGCCGCUGGGUCCUGCCCCCCGUCCUCCAUGUCGAGCUGAACCGCCAGCGGUUGGACAAGGCGGCCCGCCAGUGGCGCCUGCUCUACAACCGCGUCGAACCCGACGAGGAGGUCGACCUGACCCCGUGGGUGCUCGAGGGCGAAUGCGGCCGGUAUGUGCUGUACGGCUACGUCGUACACCGUGGGCGCCGCACCUCGGGCAAGUUCUUCAGCAUCCUGCGCCCGGGCGGGCCCGGUACGCGGUGGUUGGCAUUCGACGACGGCAGCGACAACCGCGUGGAAUGUCUGACCCGCAAGACGGCCUUUGGCCCACAUUUGGGCCUCGACGCGUCACAGAAGCCCGACCACAAGACGGGCCACGACGUCGCCAUCGCUGUCAUGUACAUCCGCGCCGAUGUCGUCGACGAGUUCCUGCCGGGUCCCCAGGGCCCGUGGGAGACCUCCGCCGCGAUGAAGACGUACUACGAGCAGGGCACCCCUCCGGUGCCGACGCCGGACGGGGCCCCGACACCGGACUCGGUGCCGGUGGAGGUAUACACCAUGCCCGAGUAUGACCAGCUCGACAGCCUGUUCGACACGUACGACCUCAUGGCGCAGGCCCAGUCGGCCGGUCGCGUCCAGCACCUAACGGUGCCGCGCGGCUCGACCCUGCAGGACCUGCGGAAGACGAUCGCGGGGGGCCACUCCACCGACCCAGAGGCACCCCUGCGUCCGGAGCACGUCCGGCUGUGGCAGAUCGGCCACACCCGUGAGCGGUUCGGACCAACGCUGGCCUUUUCGCGGGUCUCCGACCUCACCGCGACCGUGGACGGGUCGCUGGGCCCGGUGCGGUUCUGGAUGCAGGUGGUGUCGGACGGCGACGCCAAGUACUUCGCCAUGGCCGAUCCCCGCGAGGCGGCGGUGGCCACGAACAAGGUGGAGGAGACCGUGCCGGAGCAGGCGGGCGCGGAGCCCGACCGGCCGUCGACGGGCAGCGCCGACGCGGCCUUUGCUAGCUCGUCCGGCACGGUGCCGCAACCGGUGGAGUCGUCGGAUGACAGCGUCGUCAAUGGGGUGGUUGACCCCACGGUCCGGGCGGAGCCCGCUGCGCCGGUUGAGGCGCCGGCCCGGCUGAGCCAAGACUCUUUGACCGGCGACGCCGAGAAUGACGCUGUCAUCGCGGCCAUCAUUGCGUCCGAUGUCCAGCAGUUGGACCCCGAGCCAUCGGAGCCAGCUCCGGAGGCGGACCCCGACGCCCUUGAAUCCCCUGAAGCCCCUGAAGCCCCCGAAGCCCCCUCGACGGAUGAGCAGGCGGUGACCCUGCCGGUGGAUCACGUCUAUUACUUCAUCCAGCUGUUCGACGUGGAGGCUCAGGCCCUGCGCACGGUGGGAUCGUUCUUCUCGCAGAAGGAGGAGAACAUCAAGAAGGCGCUGCGGAAGCACCUGCAGCGGCCGGUGACGAAAGACUUCCAGAUCUGGCAGCGCGUAGAAGGCACGUCUGUGUCGACCGUUUCCUCACUGCAGACUUUCCAAGGCUUCGUACCGGACGGCACGUGCUUCAUCGUGGGCGACAAGCUGGCCAAAGACCGCCGGUCACAACUCAACGAAGCCGGCCUCCUCACCAACCCAGACCACCUCGUGCGGUACCUCUGGGCGGCGGCGCGGCAGCACCCGACCAAGGCCUUCACGGGCCGCAAGACAGUCGACGCGUCGUUCACGACAGACUACUACAGCGGCGACUUCUGCAAGGGCUACCACCACGGCGUGGGCAAGCACGUGUCGGACACAGUCGUUACCUACGAGGGCGACUUCGUGCUAGGCAAACGUCACGGCCAAGGCCGCAUGGAGUACCCCACGGGUGACACCUACGACGGCAGCUGGGCAGAGAACCAGUGCCACGGCCAGGGCACCUUCGUCGAGCACAAGACCGGUAACCGGUACGUGGGCGGAUACAAAGACGGCAAGCGUCACGGCAAGGGCAUCAGCUACUGGGAGGUAGCCGACGAGGAGAUGGACCUGUGCCAGAUCUGCUACAGCGAGGAGCAGGACGCGCUGUUCUACGACUGUGGACAUGUGUGUGCUUGCGUGACGUGCGCGCGGCAGGUGGAUUUGUGCCCGAUUUGCCGGAAGAGUAUCAUCAGUGUCGUGAAGAUCUACCGGACUUAGCUUCAUUUUCAUCUUUUGGUCGUUUUUCUUUUGCUCGUUUUGCAUUUCGUUAUUUCAUUGCAUUUUUCUAUCAUUUUUGGCUGGUUUGUUGGUUGUUGGUUGGUUGGUCUGGAUAUGGCAUACCCGGAUGUUAAGUUAUGAGAUAUGAUGAUUUCGAUUAAUAUGGCGCGAGACGCAUACAAUACUAUUUAGAAUUGAAUUAUUGGGUUGUUUCACAUGGA